AUGUUGGUGCGAUGCUACCGGGGCAAGCUGUCGGCGUGGGCCGCUCUGUGCGUGCUGGUGCUCUGCUGGUUUUACGUUUUCCCCGUGUACAGGCUCCCACGCGAUAAGGAGAUCGUGGAGGAGGUGCUGAGGCAGGGGGAUGCGUGGCAGAAGAACCAGACCGGCAUCGAUUUGUACAGGAAGUUGCUGACAGACUGCUGUGAUCCACGGCGGAUGUUUGCGGUGACCAAGGAGAACUCGCCAAUGGGCAAGGUGCUGUGGUACGAUGGCGAGUUUUACCACUCCCACACCGUCAACAACGAGACCUACCCACUCUUUGUGCAGCAGAGAGGAUUACUGCUGCCCCUGAAGAAGUGUGCGGUGGUGGGUAACGGUGGCAUCCUGCGACACAGCAAAUGUGGACGGCACAUUGACCAGGCCGACUUCAUCAUGCGGUGUAACCUUCCACCACUCUCACAGGAAUAUGUGGAGGCUGUAGGGAUCAGAACACAUCUGGUUACAGCCAACCCCAGCAUCAUAGAGAAAAGAUUUCAGAACCUUCUGUGGUCGAGAAAAGCCUUUGUGGACAGUAUGAAGGUCUACGGCUCCAGCUACAUCUACAUGCCAGCGUUCUCCAUGAAGCCUGGCACUGACCCGUCACUGCGGGCGUAUUAUGCCCUGGCAGACGCCUCCUCCAACCUCACUAUGCUGUUUGCCAACCCCGAAUUCCUGCGCACAGUGGGCAAAUUCUGGAAAGCGCGCAGCGUGCACGCCAAACGCCUCUCCACGGGGCUCUUCCUGGUCAGCUUGGCCCUUGGGCUGUGCGAGGAAGUGACGGCCUACGGCUUCUGGCCGUUCUCUGUCGGCCUGGACGAGCAGCCGGUCAGCCACCAUUACUACGAUAACAUCCUGCCCUAUAAAUGGUUCCAUGCCAUGCCCGAGGAGUUUGUCCAGCUCUGGCAACUGCACAAAAGCGGCACGCUGCGCAUGAGGGUAGGACGCUGCCCCCCUCAGGAAGGGGGGAGGUAGAGUGCUUUGAGGAGCGAAGUUAUAGCGGUCAGUUGAAGUUGAGUGGGUUACAGGAAUCAGGCGAAGAUGUUUGGGUUGUGACUAGGCAGGAAGUUGUUGCCAGGACAU